AUGGAGAGGAAGUGUCUACAAAUUGGUGUGGAGGGAGCUUCUAGCCUACUUAUUCCUGUAUUAUUCAAUAAAUCUGGCCUACAGAUUCGCACUAAAUGACGAACAGAAACGGAUAUUCGAAAAAAUACGACUGUACUUCAGCCAGCAGAGCGAGACGAUCCCAAUGUCGUUCGUGAUGGGUUUCUACGUAUCUUUGGUGGUGAAGCGAUGGUGGGAACAGUACAAGCUUCUACCUUGGCCAGAUACACUUGCCCUCUUCCUGAACGCCGCCAUCCCCGGAGCCGAUGAGCGACAAAGACUGAUGCGAAGAACGAUAGUGAGAUUUGCUGUAUUAUCUUACGUAAUAACGCUGCAGAGGGUGUCCCUUCGCGUGAAGAAACGUUUUCCCACGUGGCAGCACGUCGUGGAUUCAG